AUGGCGUCAUGCCCUUCUUGUCGAGCCAGAGCAUCCCCAAGUCAACGAUCGAACUCACAGUGUAGCUGUCAUCUUCCUGAAAAUUCGUCUACAUUAACGACACGUGCUGUAGCCAGCUCCGGUAUCAGUCGUCGUAAUAUUCCCAAAGACCGAUCCAAGAAGAAGAAAGCCAAAGAUAAAGAACGCAUCAAGUCCAAUGAACCCGGUUCGGAGAAGAAGAAUGCUGACGUUCCAUCCGCUGCUGCUGGCGAUGAAGCUGCUGGUAUUUACAAGCGAAUGAUUGCAGCUGUUCGAGGUGCUAAUAAAGACCACGAUGAGGUCGUUUUGGCCUUUAAAGCGGACUGCAAACAGUUUGGUCAAGGGGAAUUACGUGCUCGGAUCUUCUAUGAGCGACUUGGUAUAUACUUUGGCAGUGAACUAAUGCUAGAUCACAUGCUGCCACAACUUGCGCGACUCAUUCCUGAUGACCAGAAGAGAAAGAAACUUGUCAAAGUGCAUUUUAAGAGCAAACGAGGUGGAGACAUGAUGCCUGGAUGCUCUACCGUUGGUACCAGAUCCUCUUCCAGACGACCGGCAUCAAGCACAAUUGCGGCUAAAAGCUCCGUAAUUUCGACUCAAUUGAGAACGUCAGGGGAAAGGCGACCGUUAUCAGCUUCGGAACUCAUUCGACGAGAUAGUAUCGACAGUGAUACCUCAAGUAAUACGAGUGGAGAGUUGAUUUCUGCAACUUCUACUGGACGAACAUCUCGGCUAACACUAAGUCGAUAUACCGACAAUUUUAAGUGUGCUAUUUGCAAUGAAUCUUUUGAUAUCAAGCGACAUCGACAUCAUUGUCGCAAAUGUGGUGCUGCUGUUUGUCACUUGUGCUCACCUGCGAGAAUGUUGAUAUCGCCCGAUCAAGUGGCGAACGAAAGCAUGACAAAAAAGUUUGAUCCCGCGCUCCCUCAGCGAGUCUGUACGAUCUGCGCACCGAUUCUUCAGUAUUUCCAAGAUGGACUUAUUUCCCAAUAUGCCAACUGUCAUAAAGAAAACCCACACAAAGCCAAAACACGAUUGCAUUUGCCAUAUAGUCGAUCGUUAGAAAGUGCAUGUCGCUCGGCUGCCGACAUUCUUGGCAACUUUUUUCGACCGGAUCUUGGUGCUGACAGCGAUCGAUACAUUCCUGUCAACUUUCUCAAGCGAGCACACGGCAUUGCGUUUCUCACGGUUAUUAAGGCAGGAUUAUUAAUUACAGCCAAGAUGGGCACGGGUAUUGUGAUUGCUAAACUCGGAGAUGGCUCCUGGUCGGCACCGUCCGCAAUAGGUACCGCGGGGAUUGGUGGUGGACUUGAGGGUGGAGGGGAAUUGAUAGAGUUUAUGAUCAUCAUGGGAUCAAAAAAGGCAGUCAAAGUAUUUUACCGAACACAAGUGAAUGUCGGCGGUGGAUUCAGUGUAGCAGUAGGGCCUUAUGGACGCGAUGCAGUCGCACAGGCUGCUGCUAGUCGGGAUGUGGUUGAUACAAACUACAGCUACUCUUAUAGUCGAGGGCUUUUUGCAGGCAUUUCGUUACAUGGCGCAGUGAUUACUACGAGGACAGAAAUGAAUAGCAAAUUUUACGGUCAGAACUUGACCCCGAAAGAGAUUUUGAAUGGAACUGUGCCACCUCCACGCGCUGCUCAAUGCUUGUAUGAUGCUAUCGAGCAAGUCAAGAUGAAUAUAGCACAGUUUGAAGCAUCCCGAGGGUCUCAGCGACGGUCUCCAGCAACGUUAGACACGCAAGGACCGUGUGGAUCAUGUCGAUGCCACAAAUUUGUGGCGAAAGCAGCUUCGAAGAGAUGCAAGUUGUGCGCACAUGUUCAUAGUGCCACUUAG